CCUGACUGCCGAGAGCUGCUGUCAUGGCGGUCGCUCUGUGGGGCUUCUUUUUCCUCCUGCUGCUGCUGCUCUCAGGGGAUACCGGGAGCUCGGAGGUGCCUGGGGCUGCGGCAGAGGGAUCGGGAGGGAGUGGGGUCGGCCUCGGAGAUCGUUUCAAGAUCGAGGGGCGUGCCGUUGUUCCAGGGGUGAAGCCUCAGGACUGGAUCUCGGCGGCCCGAGUGCUUGUAGACGGAGAAGAGCACGUCGGCUUCCUUAAGACAGAUGGGAGUUUUGUGGUUCAUGAUAUACCUUCUGGAUCUUAUGUAGUGGAAGUUAUUUCUCCAGCUUACAAGUUUGACCCUGUCCGAGUUGAUAUCACUUCAAAAGGAAAAAUGAGAGCAAGAUAUGUGAAUUAUAUCAAAACAUCAGAAGUGGUCAGACUGCCCUAUCCUCUCCAAAUGAAAUCUUCAGGUCCACCUUCUUACUUUAUUAAAAGGGAGUCAUGGGGCUGGACAGACUUUCUUAUGAAUCCAAUGGUUAUGAUGAUGGUUCUUCCAUUAUUGAUAUUUGUGCUUCUGCCCAAAGUGGUCAACACAAGUGAUCCUGACAUGAGACGGGAGAUGGAGCAAUCAAUGAAUAUGCUGAAUUCCAACCAUGAAUUGCCUGAUGUAUCUGAGUUCAUGACAAGACUCUUCUCUUCAAAAUCAUCUGGCAAAUCUAGCAGUGGCAGCAGUAAAACAGGCAAAAGUGGGGCUGGCAAAAGGAGGUAGUCAGGUAGUUCACAGCAGGCAUUUGCACAAAUAUAGCAACACUGGGUGGCAUCCAAGUCUUGAGGGAAAACCAUGUGAAGCAACUACUGUAAACUUGAGUCAUCCUGAAAGUUGAUCUCUUACAACUGUUGUAUUUGUUAACUUUUUAACAGAUGUUUUGUACUUGGUACACAAGAAAACCCAACUUUCAUCCUUUGUCUGUAUGAGGUCAAUAUUGAUGUCACUGAAUUAAUUGCAGUGUCCUAUAGAAAAUGACAUUAAUAAAUUAUAUGAAGUACUAUACUUUAUGUAUAUUAAAAUAAGUCUUAAUCCAGAGAUCAAAUUAUCUUCUGUCAUUUUUUUUUCUCUUGUUUCUUUUUCCUAACAUUUUUCUGUAUCUUUUAUUAUCUGAGACUUGAAAUGAACUUGUCUAUUUAAAAAGAAGUGGUUGUUAUCCUUAGAGUAGCAUGCGCUGUGGUUUUUUUUUUGUGUACCCAUACCUUUCAAAAUUCUCAGCUUCCAUGUCUUGCCAUUUAAUAUUUCCUUGUAUGUGAGGUGGAUUCUGUUUCUUAUGUAGUUGUAAUUUUAUUAUCACAAUUAGUUCCAGAGUAUAGAUAUAUGAAUCAGAAUCAGAAUAGAGUUUAAUCAUUUUUAAAAUUCUGGUUACCAUGUGUUGGGUAUUCAUUUUACAAUUAUUUUUGAACCAAAUGUGUGCUGUGAUCCACAAUGGAAUACAGAGAUGGGUAUUAUCCAAGCACCUGUCUCAAUAGAGCUUAUUAUGCAGGGAGGGAGGACAAAUAAUAAUAAUGAAUACCUAUGGGAAAGAAGUGCAGCAGGAGGAAAACCUUCCAGUUUAAGAAAAAUCAACCUUAUUAUAAUAUUGGUGGCAUAGCACAUCAUUGACUCUUAGAAUUUUUGCAAUAUAAAUUAACUUUCUGUUUAACAGUAUCUUUUUUUUUAUUUUUAUUUUUACAGACUGCAUUUCGAUUCAUUGUACAUAAAUGGGGUUAAACGUUUCAUUUCUA